CAUAGCCACUUGCUCCAGUGUGCACGACGUCGACGAGUAAAGAAGCAACAGAAACAUAUGAUGGACCAAUUUGUGUCUAUCAGGACAUGCCGUUGGAACGAUUGCUACUAUCAAUUUACACAGGCUAAAAGAACGUGCGGGUCGUACUUGAAGCACAUCACAGAUCAUCUGGAGGCGAACAAAGCACACCAGUGUCUUUGGAAAGAUUGCAAUCAGAUACUCGAGAGCCAGGAGGAGCUCGCUACUCACAUCUCAGAAGAGCAUGGUAUUCCUAAUAGUUGGACUACACAUACGAGUAUGCAUUACUGUUACGAGCACGAUGUUUGGUGUCAUUCCAACCAGAUGUGGGAUGCCCAUCUGCAUUUUCAACACCUUCAACGUCUAAACGACUUUUGCGGACUUCUCAAAGAACGCGGAGUAGUCAUGGUCGCGGCGCACUGUUUGUUCUGCUUGGGAGACACCAAACCGCUGUCAGUUCGGUUUGCCCAAUAUCACGACGUGUUCGACCUCCACAAGCACAUGACGGGUCAUUUGGCAAAGUUGGGGACCCUGAAAGCCUGUCCUCAUCCCAUCUGCAAAGACACGCUGGACUCAGAAUCAGACUUCUGGGACCAUGCCACUUCUGUUCAUGGCAUCCCUUCAUUUGGUCCUCGCAGGAUUACAGGGAAACGCAAAAGGCCUGAAGAUGGCGACAACAAUAAGGUGCGGAAAGGACUGAAGGUAGCAUGACGCAUUGGCAUGGCGAGUGCGCGGGAUGGGCGCUUAGAGAAGUCGAUCAUCGAGCAACUGGAUCACCAGAGAAUCAGAUAACAGAAACAGGAUAAUGUACACCAUGUCAAACAGUAUACGUGAUUUGGGAAGCGAACAGAGCUGGCUUUAGACAAUCCAAAUAAGACACUUCAAAACCAACCUUGGUUCACAGAAGUCAUAGGAUUGAGCGUGGCGCAGCGAGUGCGUGGGAUGGGCGCUUAGAAGAGUUGAUCCUUGAGCAACCGGACCGGGUAAUUAGAAAACGGAAAA